UCGUCCGCUCAGUCCUCGGUGUCUACAUAACGAACGCGGCCACUUAUCCUUGCCUUACGUUCCAGCUCAGACCGUCGUUGUAAAUUGUUAGCGUAGUUAUCUUGGCAGCUGCUACAAAGUGACAGCUAGCUGCUAGCUUAGCUGACAGCAGCAGCUAAAAAUAUUCCCCCAGUAAUCUUCAGCGGGCGCAGACAGAGGGGCGACACAGAGCAGCAUUUGAAAUAGCGAGGCAUCAUGGGCAACACAAGCGACAGGGUGUCUGGAGAUCGCCAUGGAGCCAAGUCUCAUCGCUCUGACAGCAGUGGCAGCCACAAAGACCAUGAACCCAGCUGCAAGAUGGUGGACAGCACAGACGACCCGAACAUCUUCAACACCCAUGGGCCUGAGUCUAAGGCAUCAGGAGAGAAGUUCACCCCAGAUCUGGAUGACCUGGUGAAACCUGGUCGUCAGGCUCGGCCCACAGUGAUCCGAUGGGCAGGGGGAGGGAAGGAUGUCUACAUAGCUGGUUCCUUUAAUAACUGGAACACAAAGAUCCCGCUAAAUAAGAGCCAUAAUGAUUUUGUAGCGAUCCUGGACCUGCCAGAAGGAGAACACCAGUACAAGUUUUUUGUAGAUGGGCAGUGGGUCCAUGAUCCCUCAGAGCCUGUGGUUACCAGUCAGCUCGGCACCAUCAACAACCUGAUCCAGGUGAAGAAGUCCGACUUUGAGGUGUUUGACGCCCUGCAGGUGGACUCUCUGGAGUGCUCCGACACAUCAGAUCUGUCCAGCUCCCCUCCUGGUCCAUACGGACAGGAGCAGUACAGCUUCAGACCAGAGGAGCAUUUCAAAGCCCCACCGAUUCUCCCUCCUCACCUCCUUGAAGUCAUACUCAACAAAGACACCAAUAUAUCUUGUGACCCUGCCCUGCUGCCUGAGCCCAACCACGUCAUGCUCAAUCACCUUUAUGCUCUCUCAAUAAAGGAUGGAGUGAUGGUGCUGAGUGCGACUCAUAGAUACAAGAAGAAAUACGUCACCUCUCUGCUUUACAAGCCCAUUUAAACAUCAACUUGGGUGCACCGCAGUGCUUUUAGAAAGCAGCCUGUUUGUAUUCUGAUGUUUUUCUUUUUCUAUCAUCACAUUUAGCCAAAUCCUGCACUGAAACAAGUUUAAAGGUGAGCUCAAGGCCUGUGGCUAUUGCUGUGGCUUGGGUUUUAAAAAUGGUUGCACUUCUGGCCACACAGGGCUCUGAACAAAAGUAGCACAGUGGGUGUGCAGGGUUUCAGACAGAGAUGAAAACCAUACUGUGGCUUUUACCUGUAAUGACUGCAGACAGAUAAGAGGCAGACUAAAUCACUGUGUGCAUUUAGGUUUUUUGCUGCACCUUGUGAUUCUUUGCAUGUUGAUGUGUAAAAAGUUUUUUUGUGUGCACAUCCAUCUCAUAUGCCACCAUGACAGGUAGAAGAUCUGUGGAUCAUCUGUUUCAUGAACGAUCUCAGUAACUCAGGGUGUUUCUAGUGUGGAUCAACGAUCAGAUUUGUAAGUGUUGUGUCAACACCUCCUCCUUCAACUGAUUCAGUUGAGUUUUUAACAAACUGAUGGCGUUUCUGUUGGAAAGUGCAUGAGGAAUGUAGAGGAUAAGAGUUUGAGCUUCGGACAGGAGCAGUAGAUCUGGUUUUGUUUGAAUAUGAAGUGCAAUAAUACUGUUGUAUCUGAUGUUGUCAAUUUGGACUGCACAAUAAAUCAUAAAUGCACAACCGUACGCGAUAUACGUAUUGCAAAAGACAGCUUGAACUGCGAUGGUAUUCCAUGUGCCAUGCCUUCACGCUCUGCCUGUCCUUAGCACUUUACCAUCCUGUGGACAUGUCAAUAGAAGCUUUUAACUAUGCAGCAGACGACUCUCGUACUCUCUGGACUAUACCGACCCGUUUGUGCUUUUUCUUCUUAGAUGUGAUGACCUUGCAGUGCUUUACGUGUGUGUGCAUCUGUAACAAGCUCUCCUUAUCAAUAGAAUAGUACUGUAUGUAUCUGUGGCACGUAUCGCCACACACAUACAAACAGUUUCAACUUGCUGCUUUGCAGGUAUUGAAUGUCCGCAAUGUACAUGGAAACAUUGUCUGGAUCACAGUCAAGUUGACCACACUCCCCUCAAAAUGUGACCUGACGCACAUUUUCAGAUCAUUUAACAGGGCUAUGAGGAUGAAUAGCUACCAUAAGUUUAAAUGAUGUAAAAACCUGCUCACACAUGUGUGUUCUUUAUAACUGUUUUAAGCUCAUCUGUAUUUUGAGGUAUGGUGGCUUCAAACAUAUAUAUGUCUCUUGUCAGUCAUGUUAAUAAUUGUGUGCACUUACAGUUCAGUAUAUGCCCACAGUUGAUUCACUAUUUCAAGACUCCUGCUGGUGGUCAACUGGACGCUGAAAGUGUUUUGUGAAUGUUGAUCCAUGAGGUUUUGUCCAAACUAGUUUAUAAGACAGCUAUAUGAUCUGAUGUGGGAGUAUAUGGAUAAACGCCAUGGGAGUGUUGAUAUAAGGCUAAAACCAAAACUUGAAUUUUUCAUGAAUGUUUUGAAAGUCUUUACAAAACCAGUGUGAACAUCCACCGUAUGGAGUUGUACUUGUUUGAAAAUAAAGAAAAGGACAUCUUUGUCCUAACUAAUUAUAA